GUAUGUGGUUUGAAAGGUUGAGUAAUAAAACUAAUCAUUAUUUAUCUCCCUCACACAGUCCUGGAUCCAUGCUCGUCUAGUCCAUGUGAUGUCAACGCAACCUGUGUUAGAGAUAGCAUGACAACAGAAAAUUUCACAUGCACAUGCAAUUCUCCAUUUGAGGGGAAUGGAUCGACUUGUGAAAUCCCGGAUCCAUGCUCGUCUAGUCCAUGUGAUGUCAACGGAACCUGUGUUAGAGAGAGUGUGAUGACGGAAAAUUUCACAUGCACAUGCAAUUCUCCAUUUGAGGGGAAUGGAUCGAGUUGUGAAAUCCCGGAUCCAUGCGUGUCUAGUCCAUGUGACAUCAACGCAGCCUGUGUUAGAGAGAGUGUGAUGACGGAAAAUUUCACAUGCACAUGCAAUUCUUCAUUUGAGGGGAAUGGAUUGAGUUGUGAAAUCCUGGAUCCAUGCUCGUCUAGUCCAUGUGAUGUCAACGCAACCUGUGUUAGAGAUAGCGUGACAACAGAAAAUUUCACAUGCACAUGCAAUUCUCCAUUUGAGGGGAAUGGAUCGAGUUGUGAAAUCCCGGAUCCAUGCUCGUCUAGUCCAUGUGAUGUCAACGCAACCUGUGUUAGAGAGAGUGUGAUAACGGAAAAUUUCACAUGCACAUGCAAUUCUCCAUUUGAGGGGAAUGGAUCGAGUUGUGAAAUCCCGGAUCCAUGCGCGUCUAGUCCAUGUGACGUCAACGCAGCCUGUGUUAGAGAGAGUAUGAUGACGGAAAAUUUCACAUGCACAUGCAAUACUCCAUUUGAGGGGAAUGGAUCGAGUUGUGAAAUCCCGGAUCCAUGCUCGUCUAGUCCAUGUGAUGUCAACGCAACCUGUGUUAGAGAGAGUGUGAUAACAGAAAAUUUCACAUGCACAUGCAAUUCUCCAUUUGAGGGGAAUGGAUCGAGUUGUGAAAUCCCGGAUCCAUGCGCGUCUAGUCCAUGUGACGUCAACGCAGCCUGUGUUAGAGAGAGUGUGAUGACGGAAAAUUUCACAUGCACAUGCAAUUCUCCAUUUGAGGGGAAUGGAUCGAGUUGUGAAAGUAUGUGGUUUGAAAGUCCUGGAUCCAUGCUCGUUUAG